AUGAUCACAGAUGACACUCCGUGCUCCUUUUGUGCUCAAUUUGAACACAGCCCUGAACUUGGACGCAAGUGUCUUCCUCUCUUGCACCUCGCCAUCUUCCUGACCAAUGGCUCACCCACCUAUGUCAGCAGAAGACAUCUGGAAGAACGUUCUUACGGCACAGCAAAUGGCCGCCUUGGGGAUCGACUCACCGGAUUCACCACAUCCAAAGAGACAUCGCCCUGGGAAGAAUGCACCCCGAAAGGGGCAGGGCAGGCAGCUGAGCGGCUGAACUGGGCUGCAGCGUGGCUUCGCGCGGCGGCGGCGGCUUCUUGGCAUUGCUGCGGUGAGCGUGGGUUCCUGCAGCUGCUGUCUUCUGCGGCUGAUUGCGCUGCGGCCACGAUGGGUCAAACCAGUCAGCGCAGUUCCCUCUGCGUGGGUGACAAGGCCCCAAAGCAGUGCGUGGCCUCGUGUGAACCCGUGCCUUUCAGCUACCCCAAAGAUGCCAGCGAGUUCCGAAAGCAGUUCUGCGUGGGCGAGUUCUCAGCAAAGAAGAAGGAGUGGGGUGCUCCGGGUGCUCCGUUGCGAGAGCCUUGCCUCAGCAGCGAAUAUGCCGACAGCGGCCUUGGCGAACUCGUGCCGAAACGCCCUUUCAAGCAGAGUUUCAUUCCUACCUUUUGCGAUGACAUCAUGCCUCACAAGUAUGUCUUGCCGCUGUCGGAGAAAGAUUUUGUGGACCAGCACAAAUCAGGCUUUUGGACUCGGAUUAUGGACGACUUCGCAAAGGGAGUCGCUCGUGGAGAGCAUCGCGACUUGCCCUACCGCUCCGGGCCGAACAAACCUGUCGUAAGCCAUUUGACACACAUGAAUCGCCACGUGCCGGUGACUGUACUGGCUGUCUAUGCUGACGGCACUUGCGAUCUGGAGAUCACAGACCUCUUCAUGAAAAAGUGGGAGGAUCAAAAGUCCCGGAAGUUUGCUUUCUUUGGAAAGCUUCGAGCGGAGAAUGAUCGCUAUGUCCUAACCAAAGUGCCCCAGAUUUUGGUCGGUUCUGUUCACUACUCAGGCAUCAACGUCUAUGAUUCGGCGUUGAAGAGCACGGAGGAUGUGCUGCGGGCACCGAAGCCCUCGAACGCCUUCGACCCGCGGUCUGCGGAGGCAGCACAGAACGCACCCAAAGACCAGCUCUACGAGUAUCGGCUUGCAGCUGGACCGUUGCCACCAGAUGCGAGUCCCGCCUGCUGCACCUACGAGUUCAGUGUUCGGCUGCGCUUUCCCAACGAGUUUGAGAUGUACCAUUUCGUGGCCAUGUUGCGACGAUGCGUCCGAGUAGAUCACUACCAGCAGGCCUCGAAGAUGCUGGAGUAUCAAAAGCAACAAACUGCAGCCGCCGUUCCACGGCAACGGCAGCUCUACAAAUCCGGCGGACAGCUGGAAGUGCUGUUGGUUGAGGCUCGUCGCUUGAAGCCUUUGCAGUCAGCUUUGAACACGGUGUUGCAAUCCGACCCCAUUGCUCUCUAUGAGUCGUGGUCCAAGGGUCGAACAGAAGGAGAUCCAUCGCAGUCGAAUCAGAUGCUGGGCCCGGACUAUUUGCCAGAACUGAUGGGAACUACGGAUGGACGGAUGCCGAAGCAGACACCCAACGGCAGCCCCAUCGCUACCUUUGUGAACUUCCGGAUGCUGCAUCCAACGGAGGCAGCUCCGGGAGAAAAACCUGGCCGACCGGAGGUUGUUCCCUACCGUGGACAAAAAGUACAAAUCUCGUCGGUUAUCAACGGGACUGAUUCGCCGGUCUGGGCCCGGGAGUCGGAACUGGAGGCAGCAGGAGGCUGGACGUUCCGAACUGGCAUGAUCGAUCCUGACAAGUUUCCCAGACUGCUGCUGGAGUUUGAGGUGAUGCAAGCAGCCGUUUUUUCGGCUACAAGAAUUGGUCUCAUCCAAAUUCCAGUGACCGAGGAGCAGUUCCUGACGAAUCCGGAGCAGCGCUUCAAGAACCUUUGGCUCCCGCUGGUGAACAUCAAAGACGGUCAGCAAACCCCCAACAUCACUGGAGAGAUUCAUGUGAUGACACAUUGGCUACCGGCAGAGAUGAAACAGGCAUUGCCGUUCGCAUCAUGGCACCAUUGA